AUGGAAUACUGGAGGAGAAGUUGUAGAAUUUCGAGAAUAGACAAAGUAACAAACGAGGAGAUCAGGCAGCGAAUGGGCGUCAAGAAAGAUACCUUAACAUUGAUUGAAGAUAAGAGAUUGGUAUGGUAUGGGCAUCCGGUUUUCGUACCCAUCGAUCCUUCGAUAGUCGAGCUCAUACUGACGACAGACUUCGAGCAUUUCACGGCGCAUUUCGAGGAGUUCCACCACCAGAACAUCCUGAGUGCGAACCUGAUCAACAUGCAAGGCGAACCUUGGCGUCAGCUGCGUCGGAAGUUGACGCCCGUGUUCUCCUCCAGUAAAUUGAGGAUGAUGUUUGAGGUAGUGGUGGAAAAGGCCGACGACCUCGCGGCUUUAGUGGACCGAGAGGUGGACCAAGAUAGCGUCGACAUCAAAGACGUAUCGGCGAGUACCGACACUAAAAGCUUGCUUCAAGUCGUGCCGGAAGCUCUAGCGGGCGAAAGCUCGCGCGUCUCUGCGGACGCCAAAGUGUUGCAGGAUUUCUUCACUGGAAUCGUGAAAGACACCAUCGAAUACCGCGAGAAGAACAAUAUCUUCAAGAAGGACUUCAUGCACCUCAUGAUCCAUCUGAAGAAUAGAGGAUAUUUGAGCGCCGACAGGAAACUCCUCAAAACGGAGGAGGGAAUGGGGGCGGACAGCCUCACGGAGUUUGAGGUGGCCGACCAAUGCCUGUUCUCUUUCCUGGCCGGAUAUGAGACCUCAGCUACCACCAUGGCGUACGCCAUCUACGAGCUCACUCAAAACCCCGAAGCUCAGGUGAAAAUAAGGGAGGAAGUGGACCGGGUUUUGAGGAACCACGGAGGAAAGUUGACCUACGACGCCGUUGCGGUUAUGAAAUGCACCGAACGUGUCAUUCAAGGACUGAUCCAACGGUUACCUAAGCAAAGUUGA